CGCAACCAUUCCGACUUGGAAUCUCGCCGCGAUCCCGUCGGGGUGCAAGCGAGAGCUGAGAUCGAUUCGCGCGCGAAAAUUUACAGACGCGGUUUAAUUUUUUAGUUUUUCAAAAUGGCGGUUACAAGUGCCAGGAGCAUUAUCAAUAUGAAGGAGAAGGGUCAUUUUGGUCAUGAGAAAACAAGGAUUGAUAAAUAUACGUUGGCCGACGAGCUGCCGGCUCAGCUUUCUGAGCUGGACCUCAGGCCACGGACCAUGGCCCCUUCCUACACCCUGCGCAAGUUGACGCCAAAGGACAAGGAACCAGUGAUAGACUUCUUGAGGAGAUUUUUCUUCCGCGACGAACCUUUGAACCUGACAAUAAACCUGCUCGAAACCCCUGAGUCUCGCUGCAUCGAACUGGAGGACUAUGCAUCUUCCACACUUAGUGAUGGCGCAUCAGUAGCCGCAAUUGAUGAAAAUGGAGAUUUCGUGGGCAUGGUCAUCAAUGGAAUUGUUAAAAGAGAAGAAGUCGACUAUACGGAUAAGUCGGAAGGCUGUCCGAACCCGAAGUUCCGGCGGAUCUUAAAACUUCUCGGCCAUCUUGAUCGCGAAGCAAGGAUUUGGGACAAGCUGCCUCAGUCCUGCCACACCGUUCUGGAGAUCAGAAUCGCAUCCACCCACUCCGACUGGAGGGGAAGGGGUCUCAUGAGGGUCUUAUGUGAGGAGACAGAACGGAUAGCAAAGGAAUUGGGCGCGAGCGCCUUACGGAUGGACACAACCUCUGCUUUCUCUGCCGCUGCAGCGGAACGUCUGAAGUACAAGAAAGUGUACGGCUUGUUCUAUUCAGAACUGCCCUACGCCCCGCACCCAGAGCCCCCACAUCUUGAAGGCAGAGUGUAUCUCAAAGAGAUUUAAAGUAACACAUUUAUUAAAAUUUUAAAGAUAAACAAAAACAAUCACCUGUUAUCUUAAUAUAUAUAAUCUGAAUUCUUUCAAUUAAAUUUAGUAAAAUGAAUCAAAACGGUAAAAAAAAGAGGAUCCUGUCCGUGUGUCUAUUUGUUAUUGAUUAAUUAAAACGACUCAUUUAUGAGUCGUUUUA